CAGCGAAGUGCAGUUGCCAUGGUAAUUAAAGAAAGGAUGAGGUCCCCCUGGCUGCGGUGAGCGGACUGUGGAAUCCGUGCAGAGAACUGGCUUCGCUUCCUCGUUUGUGAGCUGGAAUUAGAAUGGCCAUCAGUCCUGGAAGUGAUGCAGCUUUCUCCAGUCAGAAAUCAACGCUUUCAGAGAGUCCUCGAACAAAGAAAUUUACACUAACUGAAGAGGAGGUAUUUUAUAGGAAUUGUAGAGCUGCCUACUUAACUGUUUUCAAAAGCAGCUUAGAAAACAUUGGUUCUAAAGAUCAACUUUAUUUAGCUCUUCAACAUGCAGGAAGAAAUCCAUCCCAAAAGACUGUUAAUAAGUAUUGGACUCCUCAAACUGCCAAAUUGAAUUUCGAUGAUUUUUGUGUAAUUUUAAGAAAGGAAAAACCAACUUCAAAAGCAGAACUGCUAAAAUCAUUUAAGCAAUUAGAUAUAAAUGAUGAUGGCUAUAUUUUACACACUGACCUUUAUAAACUUCUAACAAAGAGAGGUGAGAAGAUGACUCGAGAAGAAGUAAAUGCCAUAGUAAAUUUGGCUGAUGUAAAUGCUGAUGGCAAAUUUGACUACAUCAAGUUUUGUAAAUUAUAUAUGACAACCAAUGAGGAAUGUCUCAAAACUACUCUAGAAAAACUGGAGGUUGACAGUAAACUGAAGCGUCAACAGUUUGGAAGCCACAUCGAAGGGUCCCCUGAAAGGGACCCAUCAGCAGCACCAAAACCAUCACCUAGAAUCAUGAGAAAAACAGAUCAGGAAGCAUUCUCAAAUAAAGGUGACACCAGGAGUUCUUUACUGGCAACAACCAGAAAGUUCAAAACAUCUGUUUCUGUCACAGUUACCAUGGGGGUUAAUAGCAACCGAAACUCAAAGUUAACUGAGCCAAACUCAAUAAAGGAAUGGCAAUGCGUCCAAUCAAAAGGUUGCUUUUUCUUAGAAGAAGAUGGUGAAAUCAUUAGUCAUCAAUACAGGAUGCAAAUAGCUCAGAGAUCCAUGGUUUAUCUAACAAUUAAGCCAUUAAACCUGAGUCAAGUUGAAGGGAAACCAUCCCCGUGGUUAUCAGUUGAUACUGCCUUGUAUAUUCUUAAGGAAAAUGAGAGUCAAACAAAUCUACAACUCCUGUGUUUUACUGAACUACGAAAUAGAGAAGUUUCUGGAUGGACUGGUGAACUAGGACCUGGAAUUUAUUGGUUAAUUCCUUCCACAACUGGUUGUAGGCUGAGGAAAGAAAUAAAACCAAUAACAGAAGAAGCCCAGCUUGUGUAUAGAGAUGAAGCAGGGGAAUUAUUUCUUACAAAGGAAUUUCGGUCAACUCUAUCAGAUAUAUUUGAUGUAAUUGACUUAGAUGGAAAUGGUCUUCUUAGCCUUGAAGAAUAUAAUUAUUUUGAAUUGAGGACCAGUGGUGAGAAAUGUGAUGAAGGUGCUUGGGCUGUCUGCAGGGAGAAUUUUGAUACAAAGAAGAAUGAACUAACAAGACAGGGCUUUAUGGAUCUGAACCUAAUGGAAGCCAAUGAUCGAGAAGGAGAUCCUCGUGACCUUUGGGUCACUCUGCACUCGAUGGGCUACAAUAAAGCUCUGGAGCUGACAGAGGCGUGCCCAUUUGUCAUCGAUAUCUAUGCAGACAAAUGCAAGCCAAGACUUAAAGCUGUCCAGAUGGAGGCAUGCAGCGGGCAACUUGAGAAGGCCAUUUGUACAUCUGUCCUUCACAAAGGCGAUGCCAAAGUAAUGGAUGGCUAUGACAAUAUCAUUGUACAUACCUACAAAUAUGACACCUGGAUAACUUCAGUUAUUGAAAACAAGACAGAUAACAAAGUGAUUAUUCACAUCAACAAUGAGCUAAGUAGAAACUGCAUAAAUAACAGAGGACUCAACAUAUUUGCAGUAGAAGUGGCACCAAAGUCUACAAUGGUUUGUCAACAUGUAAUGCCUCUGAAUGAACGACAAGAAUGGAUAUAUUAUUGUGUGUAUUCCCUUAUGUCGUAAAUACUGUUUUUAGGAAAUAAUUCUACGUGAGACUGUCAAACUAAGAAGAAUUAUUUCAGGUUUAGUCUGUUAUUUGUUGAUCAACUACAUGCUAAUCAACUUAACUGAUGUACAUAAAUAAUCUAGUUUGUAUGCAUUUACAUUUCAUGCUAUAUUAUAUACUUUAUUAUUAAAUAUAAAUCAUUUUUUAAUGUGUGGCCUUACUUAGGGGGAAAUCUCUCCACAUUUUAUGAAUAGCGAAUCAAAAUAAAAUUACAGGUAAGCUUUUAAUAAGCAAUACUCAAUGAAUUCUACAAAAGCCUAUACACUUUUUUUUAGGUAAAUAUCAGCUUUUAAUAUUCCACAUAAACAAAAAGCUCUGUGGGCUCCUUUUUCCCCCCAGAGUAAAGGGGUCUUGACACCAAUAAGUGAGAAAAUCAUGUGGCUUAUGCCCAGCUGUGAUUGUUCACAUCUUGCUCUGACCUUGUGAUGGAAUGACAAAAAAUCCUAUAUAAGGUUCUGGCUGGGCUGAGGUUUUGUCCGUUAAUAGCCCAGGAAGCUGAUUUGUGGUGAUCUGUUGGACUUGGACCAGCUAGCUUGUUUUCUCCUUUUUUUUCUCUUUUUUUCUUUUGUGCAGUUAAUUUUUUCUUUUGUCUUUACACUUUUUCU